CAGGCGCGGGCGCGGGCGCUAGUGCUGGCGUGGUCCCCAUGGAGCCGCUGUAGCUGAGCCCAAGCGGCUGGGAGAAUCCGGAAUGAGCUCUUCGGAGGCCGACCGCUGGGCGUGGCUGCUGGUACUCAGCUUUGUGUUUGGGUGCAAUGUCCUCAGGAUACUCCUCCCGUCCUUCUCCUCCUUCAUGUCCAGGGCGCUGCAGAAGGACGCAGAGCAGGAGUCUCAGAUGAGAGCCGAGAUCCAGGACAUGAAGCAGGAGCUCUCCACUGUCAACAUGAUGGACGAGUUCGCCAGAUACGCCAGGCUGGAAAGAAAGAUCAACAAGAUGACAGAUAAGCUCAAAACCCACGUGAAAUCACGGACAGCUCAGUUGGCCAAGAUAAAAUGGGUUAUGAGUGUUGCUUUCUACGUACUGCAAGCCGCCCUGAUGGUCUCCCUCAUUUGGAAGUAUUAUUCUGUUCCUGUGGCCGUGGUGCCCAGUAAGUGGAUAACUCCGCUAGACCGCCUGGUAGCAUUUCCCACUAGAGUAGCAGGUGGCGUUGGAAUUACCUGUUGGAUUUUAGUCUGUAACAAAGUUGUGGCUAUUGUGCUUCAUCCUUUCAGCUGAGAAAGAAGAUGAGUGCAGCUCUGAUACUUUUACAAAUGGAUUUUCGGUUAAAAAUCUGACUUAACUGUUUUAUUUUAUUUAAUUUUAAAGAAAAGUGCACAGGUUAUUUUGUUGAAUGUGCUUGUUCUUGGAUUUUAUGUGAGAUUCUUGUAAGAAUUACGAUUUGUACGCUGGUCAUUGAGCCAGCAGCAUAGUAGCAGAUUUGUGAUAAGAAAUAUGUGGCAUUACGGGCAGCUACCUGUUGUUACUCAUGAUUUGCACUCUUAGCAUGUUUUAAAAAGGUCACAUUGCCAAUUGGAAAGUCAAAAUUUUCUAAUAACUUAAGUACUUUAAACACUUCAUGUUAUUUUUUAACUCAGGUUAGAAAGCAACUUAGUUUAGUAUCACUGCUGGGAUCCGAAAGCUUGUUUUUAAUAUGUCCUGCAGCUGCUAAAGAGCAACACUAACUGACGGUGCCUGCGCUUCUCCCGUUCAGCACGUCCCUGCUGCGCAGGCCUGGGUAGAGGAUUAGCCUCUUGUUUGACGCAGUUAAUUUUUCAUUUCCAUGUUUUGUAAUUGUAUUCAUGAAACCAUAAUGCAUUGUUUUGUGCUUGAUUUCUGUGUUUUGUAUUUAAAGCAUUUCAAAUGAAGUGUAUUUUAUAAGCAUUUAAUAUUUAUGCUCCAUACGAUGGAACAAAGUUAAAAAACUAAGUGGGAAGCCUGAUGAAUUAAUUUAUGGAUAUAUGUUUGGCCCAUAAAGUAUAAUUCUGCUAAAUACUUUUUAAAAACACUUUUUUUCUAAUUAAACUCUUUGCACGUGCUUGUACGACUUCCUUUUUCGCGGCCACUUAUUUGCUGUGACCAAGCUGUAGCCGACAAGUGGCAGAGGGCUGUAGCUGUUACAGUGGUCCACAGCACGGGUAGAGCUAAAUUCCAUCCCUAGGUUUGAUUUUUUAAAUUCUUGUUUAUUCUGUUACGGUCGUCCCGGUUUCCCCCGCUUUGUCCUCCUCUGCCCAGCCCAGCCUCCGCUCCCCCAGUCAGUGCCCACGCGGUUCCCUCGUUCUGAAAAGAUCAUAUUUGUAUCCUUGUGCCCCCUACUGAUCCAAUAAGGAGCUCGUUAGGAUUUCUGCGGGUUGUACCAGGAAAGGACAACGUGCUGUGUUGCUUCGUUUAUCGUCACCAGAGCGCGUUUCAGGUGGCCCUGAUCAUUCAGACGUACCCGGCAGCGAGUUGACGUGCCUUUAAGGAAGGAUGCAGCGCAGGGAACGCGGCCAUGUUUCUAGGAGACCGCGUUGUGAGGACUCAGUCCCACACAGGGUACAUCCUGGCCACACGGGAUGAGAAGCCAACCUGAGGGGCAGAUGGCAGCAGCACCAGGAAGUCGCAGGGCCCCGGAGAGGCCACGGUGCGGUGCCGUCUGCAGCGAGCUGCGGGGCGGGCCGUGCAGCCGACGGCUGGGCCGCCAGGUGCGCGCGCCCAGGGACGCGCUUAGAACACUAAUCCGAGCACGUCUCGCGGACAGGGCCCUGGUUCACCUCCUAAGGAUACAUUUUGUCAGUUCAGACUGCAAUUUUGAUAGCUCUCACUGAGGCUAGAGGAAGAGACUUACAGUUGUUCACAGCUGUUAACGCUUUCUACAUAUAUUAGGAGUUAAUGAAGAUCACAGUAAAUAGGGGAAAUUUAAAUGUCUCAUUUCACAUCAUUGUGGUUUUUCAAAAACUAUUUGUUUUUCAAUGAAUAAAUAACUAUGGUACCGAUUUCAAAAGAUACAGAAAGGGAUGCAGUGAAAAGUGUAUCUUCUGACCCUUUACUGUUACGUUGUCCAAUUUUCCAGUUUUCCACUGUUACCAGUUUCUUAUAGAUUCUUCCAAUGAUAUUCCGUACAUUUAUGAAUAUUGAUAUGUGUGCUUUUAAAAUAAAAUUCUUUUUUAAUUAUAAAAGAAG